ACUCUAAGCACUCAGUGGAAUAAUCUGAAAUGGCACCUUUAGAAAACCAUAUUUCCCCAAGUGAAAUAGAUAAAACUCUGAUUUUAGCCACUGAUGUCAGACACUGACCAUACAGCACAAAUAUACUGGAGGCUAGGUUUUACCAGGUUAACCAGGGACAUGAGUUAUAAAUAUAGACACGCUGGUGGGUUAACCAGGUUAACUAGGGACAUGAGGUAUAGAUAUAGACACACUGCUGGGUUAACCAGGGACAUGAGGUAUAGAUAUAGACACUGUGGUGGGUUAACCAGGGACAUGAGGUAUAGAUAUAGACACGCUGGUGGGUUAACCAGGGACAUGAGGUAUAGAUAUAGACACGCUGGUGGGUUAACCAGGGACAUGAGUUAUAGAUAUAGACACGCUGGUGGGUUAACCAGGUUAACCAGGGACAUGAGUUAUAGAUAUAGACACACUGGUGGGUUAACCAGGUUAACCAGGGACAUGAGUUAUAGAUAUAGACACACUGGUAGGUUAACCAGGUUAACCAGGGACAUGAGUUAUAGAUAUAGACACACUGGUAGGUUAACCAGGUUAACCAGGGACAUGAGGUAUAGAUAUAGACACACUGGUGGGUUAACCAGGUUAACUAGGGACAUGAGGUAUAGAUAUAGACACACUGGUGGGUUAACCAGGUUAACCAGGGACAUGAGUUAUAGAUAUAGACACACUGGUAGGUUAACCAGGUUAACCAGGGACAUGAGGUAUAGAUAUAGACACACUGGUAGGUUAACCAGGGACAUGAGUUAUAGAUAUAGACACACUGGUGGGUUAACCAGGUUAACUAGGGACAUGAGUUAUAGAUAUAGACACACUGGUGGGUUAACCAGGGACAUGAGUUAUAGAUAUAGACACACUGGUGGGUUAACCAGGUUAACCAGGGACAUGAGUUAUAGAUAUAGACAAGCUGGUGGGUUAACCAGGUUAACCAGGGACAUGAGUUAUAGAUAUAGACAAGCUGGUGGGUUAACCAGGUUAACCAGGGACAUGAGUUAUAGAUAUAGACAAGCUGGUGGGUUAACCAGGUUAACCAGGGACAUGAGGUAUAGAUAUAGACACACUGGUGGGUUAACUAGGGACAUGAGUUAUAGAUAUAGACACACUGGUGGGUUAACCAGGGACAUGAGUUAUAGAUAUAGACAAGCUGGUGGGUUAACCAGGUUAACCAGGGACAUGAGUUAUAGAUAUAGACAAGCUGGUGGGUUAACCAGGUUAACCAGGGACAUGAGUUAUAGAUAUAGACAAGCUGGUGGGUUAACCAGGUUAACCAGGGACAUGAGUUAUAGAUAUAGACACACUGGCGGGUUAACCAGGUUAACUAGGGACAUGAGGUAUAGAUAUAAACACACUGGUGGGUUAACCAGGUUAACCAGGGACAUGAGUUAUAGAUAUAGACACACUGGUGGGUUAACUAGGGACAUGAGUUAUAGAUAUAGACACACUGGUGGGUUAACUAGGGACAUGAGUUAUAGAUAUAGACACGCUGGUGGGUUAACCAGGGACAUGAGUUAUAGAUAUAGACACACUGGUAGGUUAACUAGGGACAUGAGUUAUAGAUAUAGACACACUGGUGGGUUAACCAGGUUAACCAGGGACAUGAGGUAUAGAUAUAAACACAUUGGUGGGUUGACUAGGGACAUGAGGUAUAGAUAUACAUGUAGACAAGCUCACACACCAGCUGCUCUAAAUGGCCCACUCCUCAUGGGUUCAUAGUUUGACCUUUGACUCUUCCUCAAUAAGACACAGCAUCCAGGUCCUGGUCUGAACCCACGGAUACUAGUGGCUGCUGGGUUGGGUCCUGGUCUGAACCCACGGAUACUAGUGGCUGCUGGGUUGGGUCCUGGUCUGAACCCACGGAUACUAGUGGCUGCUGGGUUGGGUCCUGGUCUGAACCCACGGAUACUAUUGGCUGCUGGGUUGGGUCCUGGUCUGAACCCACGGAUACUAUUGGCUGAUGGGUUAGAACUGGCUUGCUGCUCCCACAGGAUAUCCUUUAGCUUGAGUUAUACACAAAUACAGUGCAUUCGGAAAGUAUUCAGACCCCUUGACUUUUUCCACAGUUUGUGAUGUUAACAGCCUUAUUCCAAAAUUGAUAAAAAUCGUUUUUUUUCUUCAUCAAGCUACACAAAAUAUCCCAUAAUGACAUCACAAUACCCCAUAAUACCCCAUAAUGACAUCACAAUACCUCAUAAUGACAUCACAAUACCCCAUAAUGACAUCACAAUACCCCAUAAUGACAAAGCUAAGAGGUUUUGUUAGAAAUCUUCGCUAAUUUAUCAAAAAUAAUUAUUUACAUAAGUAUUCAGACCCUUUACUCAAAACUUUGUUGAAGCACCUUUGGCAACGAUUACAGCAUUGAGUCUUCUUCGGUAUGACUCUACAAACUUGGCACACCUGUA